AUGACGUCGAUGGCACAGAUGGUGUGAAACAACAGAGGAAGAGUUGUUAUUUUUUGUCGUGUUAGCCAACGUUUGGGCUGCUGACACAAUGAGGAGAUAAGAUGGAUAAUGCAACGGCAGAUAACUGUGCGGAUGAAGAGAAUGAAUACGCAAAGAUUACAUGUUUAAUGCGAGUCGGGAAAAAUUCAGACUGGCUUCGCUUGUUCGACAACACAGAGAUCACAGUUGGACGUGGUGUGGAUGUCACCUAUCAGCUGUUAUCUCCAAACUGCCCUCUCAUGAUCUCCAGAUUGCACUGUACUUUUAAGCAAAGGGAAGAUGGCCAGUGGACAGUGACAGACAAGAAGAGUCUCAAUGGUGUUUGGGUGAAUGGAAAACGCAUACCUGUUGAAGUACCGCAUCAGCUGAAGCUUGGGGAUUCAGUCCAGCUGGGGGUUCCGGUGGUGGGAACGUUUGUAGAGUUUGAUUACAUACUAGUUCAACAACACCUUAAAGACAUUGAACUCUUUUUGGCAAAGGGACACAAAGUGGGAACAAAAAUAGGUCACUUAUCCAAGAAGCCCAAGAGAAAGUUGAAUGUAGAAGAAGUGGAACCUUCUACCUCAAAGCCCAAGCUUUAUCGCUGCUCCUCCUCAGAUAAGUCAUUUGCACGACCUUGCCCACAGCCUCUCACGCAGCAUCGAUGGCAGGUCAGUCAGGCUCUUCCAAAGGAAACCGGAACAAGCACACAAGUCCAAGAAGAUAACUCCUGUUAUCCCUGUGAUGUGGACAACUUACAGAUGUACAGUCAAAAUAUUUUGAUAUUGAGGGAGCAGGUGGAUAGCACCCAGCGACGGGUGGCAUCUCUGGAGGGGGAACCACAAAGGAGCGACCCCCACCGAGAGGAGCAGGUCCGUGAACUGCAGAGUCAGUUGGAGAUGCUCCGAGCCAAGAUGUACACCAUGGAAACGUUGGAGAAGUCCUUUAACGAAGCUAAAAGGCAGCUAGAGGCACAGAAAACACAGCAUCAAGAGGAGCUUUUGAAAAAACAGUUAGAAGACGCAUUACAAGAGCAAAAGAAGGUAAUAGAUGAACUCGCCCUUUCUCGACAAGGCUUUGAAGAGAUUCUUCUGGCAAAAAAUAAAGAGCUGGAAAUGACAAAGGAGGAGAAAGAAAAGGCAAGGGCACAAAAAGAGGAAGUGGUUACACAGGUGACUGAAGUUCUGGAGAAUGAACUACAGUGCAUCAUCUGCUCAGAGCUCUUUAUAGAGGCAGUCAUCUUGAACUGCGCCCAUAGCUUCUGCAGUCAUUGUAUUAAACAGUGGCGUAGAAAGAAAGACGAGUGUCCCAUCUGCAGACAGGCCAUCCAGUCUCAGACCCGCUGUCUGGCACUGGACAACUGCAUCGACGGCAUGGUGGAAAACCUGAGCCUGGACAUGAAGGCGAGAAGACAGACCCUCAUCAAUGAGAGGAAAGCAUUUAACACUAAUGCAGAGGUGUUGGUUAUCCAUGAUGAUGACAGCAGUAGCAGCAGCAGCAGCAGCAGCAGCAGGGGCGGCGUUGGCUUGGUGUCCAUAUACAGCAGCCCCAGCUCCGUGGUCUCAGUGGGCACAGGGAGUAGUGUAUACCUGGACUCCAGUUCAUUCUCUAGUGGUUACACUGAUGAAAGUCUGGAUGAGUCUGAAGAUUAGCACCUUUUUUCCUCUGUGAUACAAUGUGAAUUGGACUUUGAUACUAGUUUGGAUUUUCCUGGACUGUUCCUUGGACUUUAGUCAGCAUGUGGUCUCAUCAUGAGUCCAGUACCUAGUCAUCUAAUUUCAUUUUGUAAAAUGACCCGUUGUAUUAUUUUCUUUAUUUUCACCUGAAGGAAUAAAGUUUCUUCCUAUGCA